GAAGAAUAUAACUGUUGAAUAUUAUAACAUUUUUUAUCUUCGUGUGAUGGCCAUAGGUUUACCCGAUUCAUAUCAAGAUACAAUUGGAGUUUGUGGAUAAUUGCAAUGUUUAUAUGAGAAAAUGGCAUGUGGUGGCAAAACAAUUUCAAGCAAGUUAUAUAAUCGAGAAGAUCUUAACAGAGCUCAGGGGUCUAUUGACAGAAGACAAAGUAAUUCAGACCAUAAGCUUAUACCCAUUGCACAUGACGAAGAUGGUCAUUUACAAUUAAAUCUCGAUGCCUUAAAAAGAAUACUUUCAAACCCCUUGAUAGGUGAUAAACCGAUUUCUAUCAUUUCUGUUGCUGGGCAAUACAGAACAGGGAAGUCGUUUCUGCUGAAUUUCUUCAUUCGGUAUCUGCGAAAAAACGGGUGGAAAAACUGUGAUUGGAUUGGAGAUGAAUCAACCAAAGUUACAGAUGGAAUUGAUUGGGAAAAAGGAACAGAAGCGCAUACGAAAGGAAUAUUAAUGUGGCCGGAAAUUUUUGUUGUAGAAGAUUGCGGAAAUGACGUUGUUGUUCUUUUAAUGGAUACACAAGGAUUGUUUGAUACAGAUACAGGAUCGGACACAAAUGCAAGAAUUUUAUCAGUCAGCACUUUGCUGAGUUCACACCAAAUACUAAAUAUUAUGAACAGAAUUGAAGAAAGAGAUCUGGAGCAUUUGCAGUUAUGCAGUAUUCACGCAAAAGCUGCGACAAGAGAAGUGAGGAAAGAAAUUAUUCGCAAUAAACCAUUUCAGACUUUGUCUUUCCUUGUUCGUGACUGGCAAUAUGAAUUCGAGCACAAAUAUGGUGAUGGCGGCAUGAAUUAUCUCGAUGGAAUUUUGAAUCGAACAUCAAAAUCAACUGAAGUAAACAACGUGAAAAAAUCAGUACUCGUACGAGACGUUUUUAGUAACGUUCAAUGUUUCCUGAUGCCUCAUCCAGGAGAUGAUGUGCUGACCAAAAGUAAAAUAAAUGUUACAAAUGAAGAUCUUGAUGAAGACUUCAUGACCAUGGUUCAGGAACUUGCCACAAAAGUUUUACAUCCAAAAAACCUUGUCAUCAAAAAAAUUGAAGAUGAAACGUUGACUGGAUAUCAAAUACUUGAACUGAUGUCUACAGUUAGUCAUUGCUUCAAUCAGGGACAACUGCCAGAAAUCAGGACAUUAUAUGAGGAAGCUGCUCAUUCAUUCAGCACAAAAGUAAUGCAGGCAUCUAUUGAGAAGUAUAAAGUUGAAAUUGAAAAGAGUUGCAAGCAAGCUAUCCAGGAGUGGAAACUGGCAAAUUAUCACGAGAAAGCAAUAAAAAACGCAAAACGAAAUUUUCAACAAAAUGCAACAUUCGGAAGUGAUGAUAUCGAAAUCAAUUAUUUGAGACAAACUGAAUUAACCUGCAAUGAGUAUUUGUCAGAGAUGAAGAUUCGAAAUUCAAGUUUAUUGAGAAAACAAACUGAGGUCGUGUCAGGGGCUAAAGAAAGAUGUCUGUCUGACUAUCAAAGUAACAUGAACAAGGAUUUCAGAGAUGAAGCAUUGUCUCAUCGCGAGCUUCAAAUGUUUCAUGACAAGCAUCGUGAAGCAGCUCCGCAAUUACUACGACGUGAAGUUGCAUCUUUAAAUUCUGAUCAUGAUCAGAUCUUGAAAUAUGAUAAGGAUCUUGAAAACAAAAUAAAACAAAAAUAUCACGAGUUUCAAUUGGAGAAUCAGAGAAACCUCGACCUGAAAAGGCGACAACAAGAAUUGACUUUUAAUGAACAUGAACAGACGGUAGAAGAAUUUUUACAAUCGAUUUGUGGGUAUUAUCAAAGUGACCUGGCAGAGUGGGAAAGACACAUAAAACAUCAAUUUAAUCGGAAUUUAUAGAAAAAAAUGAAGCGUUCAACUCCACGACGCACGAAGUGGUCGAACUUUCUCUUCCAUUUAUGUGGAUACUGCUCACCAAGAUGAUAUGAGAAUAAACAAUAUAUAUAUGUUAUAAUUUCAAACAGAUAAUUUUAAACAACUAAAUUCUACAAGUUUAAGCCCUAAACAAUCUCAUAUAGGUGCACGUAACAGGUAGUUUACCCGUUUUGCGCAUUUAACAUUCCUACAAGCGCUGAAGCGUCUAUCUAAUUUGCUUUCUAUUGGUUCUCUAUCACACGCGCCCCUUUUUAAAGCAAGGUCAGGAGCACACACUAAAAUACAAAUAAAAAGAAUACCUGAGCGAUAAUACCAGCAAUCACUGAAGUGUAAAAAACAACAGACACUAUAAAGAAAUAUAGACAUAUAAACUACGUGUUAACA